AGCUGGCUCGUGUUGGACCGUCGGCCAGGAGUGAGGAAGAUUAAUUCCCAAACAUAGGAAGCUGUUAGAAGCAUCACUCAUUUGGAAACAUCAUCAGUCAACUUAAAGAAACAGUGAUAUGUGAUUUCUGGCUUAGUAAGUGUGAAGAGUGAAAACAAGAAUGAAGACAUUUAUGAUGAUCCACUUCCAUUUAAUGAAUAGUAAAUAAUCAUCAUGCCGUACAGUUAAUAAACUUAUCUGUUGUGUGUGUGUGUCUUCGUGUGAGAAUCUAAUAACUGUAUGGCAAGAACUGUCUGAGACGUUUUCUGUCAUCAUCCUCAUCAUCAUUGCUUAAGUGUUCAUCGUGUAGAAAAUCAUGUACAAGACUUAUAUGGAAGUGGAUAGCCUAUCCUUAUGUAGGCAUAAGGUUCUGUGUAAUGUGUUAAGAGGAUACUUUAAGGAAUGAAUUUGCCAAAUUCUCAUGAGUUAUGGUGGCUGAAAGAUCAAUUCUAUCUUGUGGGAAAAGAAUUAAAUGGCAGCACAAAAGGAAAUCUAUAUUAAUAGAGUAUUUUGUUAAACGAAAGAGGUUAGAUAAGAACUUUAAACUAACAGUCUCAGCAAACAAGGAAAGAAACCUGUUAGCUGUAAGACAUGUUUCAAGUGAAUCGAAGUCCAGUAACUGUAGACUUCAGAAGAAAAAAGGUUUCAAAAUCUUUGUCAAAACAGGGAUGACCGAAACCUUACUUGAAGCAAAAUAGUAUUUUUGCUGAAAAUGUUCAUCAGCCUCAAAGUUGAUUUUUAAGACCUCCUCAGUAAUAAUACUAGACAUUCAGCAUUCACACCUAUCAGGACACGAAAAUUCUCCCAAAAACUACUCAGAAAAGGAGGACCUUACUCAGGAAUGAUGUCCAUUCAGGAGAAAUCAAAAGAAAAUUCCUCUAAUGUUGUUAGAAAAAGUGAAGAUAAGAAUUUAGAAACACAAAUUCAAGGUUCUCAAACGAAUCUGGCAAAAAAAUCAGGUCCAAAGGAAGCUGUAAAAUCACUGGUUAAAUCUUCUAGUGAGAGUAAAAUAAAUCAACCUGGAUUAGGAACAUGCAUGAGUACAAGGUCAGCAAAAGCCGCGUCCAAUGAUAAAAAAGCUAGUAAAUCCAUUAAUAAAAAUAUGGUGACUGUGAAGGGAAAUUCACAACAAGAAUCUACAAAAAAGAAGAAAUUACCUCAGAAAAAGUCAGUGCAUGGAACUCCUAAAUCAAACGAACAGCUUAACCGGAGAUCACAAAGACUACAACAGUUAACAGAAGUUUCAACAAGGUCUCUGCGUAAUAGAGAAAUUCAGGGUCAAGUUCAAGCAGUUAAACAGACUUUGCCACCAAGGAAAGAGCACUGUAACAAUUCUCAAAGUAAAUCUAACAAAGCUAAAGCAAGUCAAAAACAUGUGAAAAGAAAAGUACCGGAAAUAAAGUCUGAUUCUAAAGAGGAUGAAAAUCUAGUAAUUAAUGACGUAAUAAAUUCCCCCAAAGGAAAAAAACGCAAAGUAGAGCAUCAAACAGCUUCUACUUGCAGUUCUCAGUGCACAAAAGGAUCUGAAAAAUGUCUUCAGAAGAACACUAGAAAAGAGGAAAUAAAAUCUGUGCCUGUAACUUCUGAGAUAAGAAGAUCAAAAAUGGUUACUUCAGCAGUCUCUGAAAAGAAUGAGGUGAAGAAGUCUGUUUAUACGCAAGUGAAUACUAGUGCAAAAUCCCAAAAAAGUCCACAGCCGUCAGUGCCUGAAGAAAGGGUAGAUAAGGAGCUGGAGCAAGCGGGAAAGAGCAAACGAGGUAGCAUUCUUCAGCUCUGUGAAGAAAUUGCUGGUGAGAUUGAGUCUGAUACUGUAGAGGUAAAAAAGGAAUCUUCACAAAUGGAAAGUGUAAAGGAGGAGAAACCUACAGAAAUAAAAUUGGAAGAGACUGAUAAUGAAAGACAAAUACUUCAUCAGAAGGAAACCAAUCAGGAUGUUCAAUGUAAUCGUUUCUUCCCCAGUAGAAAAACAAAGCCUGUGAAAUGUAUACUAAAUGGAAUAAACAACUCAACUAAAAAGAACUCCAACUGGACUAAAAUUAAACUCUCAAAAUUUAACUCUGUGCAGCAAAAUAAGUUGGACUCUCAAGUUUCCCCUAAAUUGGGCUUAAUACGAACCAGUUUUUCUCUCCCAGCCUUAGAAAUGCAUCAUCCAGCUACUCAAAGUACAUUUUUAGGGACAAAACUACAUAACGAUAAAAAUACAGCUUGCCAGCAGGAAGAAAUGAAAGAAAUUAAUUCUGAAGAAGUUAAAACUAAUGAUGUUACAGUUGAAGUUAAUAAAACCACAAAAAGGUCUUCUGAAAAUUGCCAUUUGGAUAAUCAGAUAAAACCACCUCCUGACCCACCGUUGGAUAACCAGAGGAAAGAUUCUUUUGAAUCAGCACCAGAUAAGAAUUUCAGUCUGUGUUUGGAAUCCAAGAUUGAAAACAAUUCAGUGGGAAAUACCUCUACUGUUUCGGCUCUGCUCAGCCAAGCAAAAAUUGAUACAGGGGAGAAUAAAUUUCCAGGUUCAGCUCCCAAACAGCAUACUGUACUCAGUAACCAAACAUCUAGGACCAGUGAUAACAGGGAGACACCACCAAAUCAUUCUUGGACUAAGUGUAAUUCCCAUUUGGAGAUAACAAUUCCAAAGGACUUGAAACUAAAAGAAACAGAUAAAGUUGAUGAAAAACAGUUGAUCAUAGAUGCAGGACAAAAAAGAUUUGGAGCAGUUUCCUGUAAUGUUUGUGGCAUGCUUUACACAGCUUCAAAUCCAGAAGAUGAAACACAGCAUCUGCUCUUCCAUAACCAGUUUAUAAGUGCUGUAAAAUAUGUGGGUUGGAAAAAAGAAAGAAUUCUGGCUGAAUAUCCUGAUGGCAGGAUAAUAAUGGUUCUUCCUGAAGACCCAAAGUAUGCUCUGAAAAAGGUUGACGAGAUUAGAGAGAUGGUUGAUAAUGAUUUAGGUUUCCAACAGGCCCCACUAAUGUGCUAUUCCAGAACUAAAACACUUCUCUUUAUUUCUAAUGACAAAAAAGUAGUUGGCUGCCUAAUUGCGGAACAUAUCCAGUGGGGGUACAGAGUUAUAGAAGAGAAGCAUCCAGUUAUCAGGUCAGAAGAAGAAAAAGUCAGAUUUGAAAGGCAGAAAGCCUGGUGCUGCUCAACAUUACCAGAGCCUGCAAUCUGUGGGAUCAGUCGGAUAUGGGUGUUCAGCAUGAUGCGUCGGAAGAAAAUUGCUUCUCGCAUGAUUGAAUGCCUGAGGAGUAACUUUAUAUAUGGCUCAUAUUUGAGUAAAGAAGAAAUUGCUUUCUCAGAUCCCACUCCUGAUGGAAAACUAUUUGCAACACAGUACUGUGGCACUGGUCAGUUUCUGGUAUAUAAUUUUAUUAAUGGACAAAAUAGCACCUAAAACAAAUUUGUGCCUGCAGUACUAGAAGACAUCUACUGAAGAGAAUGGAUUGGUUGCUGACUUUAACCAGGAACUAGGGCCAUUUUUAUUACAAUGAACUCAGGACUGGCAACAACCAUAAGGUUGUUCCAUUUUCAUAAAAUUGGAAACAAUGCAGUAAUAGCUUAUUAUUGUUUUGUUUUUUAAAGAAGAUAUUUUAUUAUCUUUUACAGAAAUUUAUGAUUGAUGUAUUUUAUCUAUAGUUAUUUAGACAUGUUUACAUGCAGCAGAUAAUUGUUCAUAGUGGACUGAAAACUAAUGCAAGGACUAUGGUCUCAGUGAUAAGUAUAUUUUGAAGUUCUUAAUAUGGAAAUAUACCAGUGUAGCUUGGUACUGUAUUUUUUUAUAUUGAUCUGCUGAUACCAGUUAUAGUUUUAAAGAUUGUAUUUUUACAGAGCGGAAACCAAUGUUUUGGGUUCUUAUUCAAGGAGGGUGCAGUAUUGCACAUUAAGGAAUUCAGAGCUAAUUAAAUGGCCUGAAAUACAUUCUGAAGGAACCCUUGAAAAAAGACAAAGUUCCAGAUUAGCAGGAGAAUUUGGGAGCUUUUUCUUCCCUUUCUUUCCUAUUCUUGAAGCCCGAAGAAGUGGAAGGUGGUAAAGAAUUGAGGCUUUUCUUCUUGGAGAGCUAUAAAGUGACUAGAAUUAGAAAGUACCCUCUAAAGUUUAUUAUUCUUUCAUUCUGGUUUUAUUUCUUAAAAUAAAUGGCACCUGGGCACACUUAGGCUAUUAACAAAUCCCAAAGAGGUUUAUAAAAACCUGUGGAAUAGUUUUAAGCUAACUAUGGAUGACUUGGUAUCUGCUUUGUUAUUCCUCAGAAAUACUACACUGAGUAUAUGCCCACGUUACUGGACUUCAUUUUGAUACUUGUCUAUCCUUCAUAGUGCCCUCUACUUUUAAAGGGUUUAUAUGUUGAAAAACUGCUGUGGCCUUUUAUGACCUGUAUAUAAUGUAGAAUAAAAUAAUAAAAUACUUGAUAGCUUUUU